AUGGCUGCCUCAUCCUCCUCCAAUUCUUCUUUUAGCCAUGGAUGGUUUUACCAUGUUUUCUUGAGCUUUAGAGGUGAAGAUACCCGUGACACUUUUGCUGGCAACCUUUACAAUGCUCUUGAUCAAAGGGGAAUCAACACUUUCAUAGAUGAUGAAGGAUUGAGGAUUGGAGAAGAGAUUUCACCAUCUCUUCUUAGAGCAAUAGAAGAGUCCAUGAUUUCCAUCAUCAUAUUCUCCAAGAACUAUGCUUCUUCAACUUGGUGCCUUGAUGAACUAGUGAAGAUCCUUGAGUGUAAGAAGUAUAGGGGACAAGUGGUUUUCUUAGUUUUCUAUAAUGUGAGUCCUGCCAAUGUGCGGCACCAGAAAGGAAGUUAUGAAGAAGCAUUUGUUAAGCUUGAAGAAAGAUUCAAAGAGAACAAGGAAAAGGUGCAGAAAUGGAGAUCAGCUUUGUCUGAAGCAGCAAACUUGUCUGGCUGGCAUUUCAGUAAUGGGUAUGAAUUUAAAUUUAUCCAGAAAAUAGUGGAUGAGGUAUCAAGAAAGUUGAAUCGCAUCCCACUAAAUGUUGCUAGACACCCUGUGGGACUCCAAGCUCGUGUAUCGGAUGUAAAUUCACUAUUAGAACUUGGAUGUGAUGAUGUUAGAAUGGUAGGAAUUUAUGGCAUUGGUGGAAUUGGUAAAACAACAAUUGCUAAAGCUGUGUAUAACACAGUAUCUGAUCAAUUUCAACAUGCCAGUUUUCUAGCAAAUGUUAGAGAAAAUGCAAGCCAUAGGUCUGGCUUAGUUAAACUCCAAGAGAAACUUCUAUUUGAGAUACUUGGAGAGAAAACAAUAAAGUUGGGCAAUGUUGACAAAGGAAUCAAUAUAAUAAAAGAGAGGCUAUGUAGGAAAAGAGUUCUACUUGUUCUUGAUAAUGUGGAUGAUGUGGAACAACUACAAGCAUUGGCUGGAGGAUUAGAUUGGUUUGGUCUUGGAAGUAGGAUUAUUAUAACUACAAGGGAUAAACAUUUGCUAACUGCUCAUCAAAUUGAUUUGGCUUAUGAGGUAAAGAAGUUAAAUCAUCUUGAAGCUCUUCAACUAUUUAGUUGGAAUGCCUUCAAACAAGGUGAGCCUGAUGCAAGGUACUUCGACAUUUCAAAUCGUGCCGUAUGUUAUGCAGAGGGUCUUCCAUUGGCUUUGAAAAUAUUAGGUUCUGAUUUGUGUGGUAGAAGUAUUCAUCAAUGGGAGUCUGCAUUGGAUAAAUAUAAGAGAACUCCAAAUAGGAAAGUUCAGGAUAUACUUAAAAUAAGCUUUGAUGGGUUAGAGGAAAAUGAAAAGGAAAUUUUCCUAUACAUUGCAUGUUUCUUCAAAGGAGAGAUAAUGGAAUAUGCUGUAAAAGCAUUACGUGCUUGUGAUCUGCAUCCUGCUAUUGGUAUUGCAAUACUUGUAGAUAAGUCUCUCAUAAAUGUCGAUGAAAGAGGAACGUUGUCGAUGCAUGAUCUUAUACAAGACAUGGGUAAGGAAAUUGUUAGGCAGGAAUCACCAUUAGAUCCUGGACAACGCAGCAGGCUAUGGUAUUAUGAGGAUGUGCUUCAAGUACUGACCGAAGGGAAGGGAACUGACAAGAUUCAAGGUAUAAUGCUGAACAUGCCUGAAAAGCAAGAGGUGCAGCUAAAAGCUCAAGACCUCAAAAGGAUGAAAAACCUUAGAAUGCUAAUAGUUCGUAAUGCUGAAUUUUUUGGAGGACUUGUACAUCUACCAACCAAUCUAAGGAUGCUUGACUGGGAGGAAUACCCUUCUACAUGUUUACCAUCUGAUUUCCUCCCAGAGAAAAUUGUAAUGCUAGAGUUGAAGCAUAGUCACCUAACAUUGGAUAGGCCAUUUAAGAAACAUGUAAAUUUGACUUCUCUGAAUUUAAGUUCCUGUGAAUUUCUGACAAAAAUACCUGAUAUUUCUGGAAUCCCAAAUUUAGAGCAAUUGAUUCUUGAAGAUUGUACAGGUUUAGUUGAGAUUCAUGAAUCACUUGGAUCACUUGAUAAACUAGUUUAUUUAGGUGUUGAAAGGUGCACCGACCUAAAAAAAUUACCAUGUGUCCUCCAGUUGCCAUCUUUAGCAUGCAUUGCUCUUAAUGGGUGUUCUCAACUUGAAAAGUUCCCAGCUUUGUUGGGAAAAAUGGAAAAUCUGAGAAUUAUUGAGAUGGAGGAGACAGCUAUACAAGAACUGCCUUCUUAUAUAGUCAAUUUCAGCAGCCUUGAGAUUUUAGUUCUAAAAUGCUGCUCAAAUCUUAAGGACCUUCCUAGAGCCAUUGAUAUGUUGCCAAAUCUUCAGUUACUUGAUAUUUCUGGCUGUCCACAUCUUCAACUAUUUCCAGAGAAGAUCUGUUGUUGCUGCACACAACAUUGCUCAACUCUGCACCCUCAGUCUAAUGAAAGUUCAUCAAAUUUAGAGUUACUAACAGCAGGUCCAGAACCAUGUUUAGAUUUAAUCUCUCCUGGCAUCCAUUCCUCAUAUGGAUUCCCUUUGUUGGACAGCCUUGAUCUCUGCGGCUGCAAUCUAUCCGACAAAGAUCUACAUAUCCUUAGUUUCCUUUCCAACCUUACAUCCUUAGACAUAUCAAGAAACCAUUUUGUAACCUUACCGAAAUGCUUCAACAGACUUUGUAGCUUGCAGGAGCUUUACAUGGCCAAUUGCAGAAAUGUUCAAUACAUUUCUGGGAUUCCACCAAAUUUAGAACAUAUAGAUGCCACUAGUUGCACACUGCUGAAUUUACAGUCAUUGAGCCUACUAUUAAGUCAGAGAUUCUACAAGACUGGAAAAUACGAAGUUAUAGCACCAAGGCCAGUGAUACCAUUGCAAUUUAGCUGUCAAAGCAAAGGAGGAUCGUUGUCAUUCUGGAUAGGCCAGAAGUUCCCUAGAAUUGCUCUGUGUUUCAUUUUUGGACUAGGAAAUAAAAUUAUUGGAUUUUUCACCUGUGAAGUUCAGCUUUUUAUUAAUGGACAGAAAGCAUCCAAUAGAGUACAGCACUUUCUUUCAGUAUGUGGAGAUCUUGCAUGGAUGUAUCAUCAAGAAGAUGUGAUGGAUUUAAAUACAUAUUUAUUGCAUGAACAGAAUCAUGUGGAAGUUUCUUGUGAAAUCGUUGAUACUAGUAAAGCUGCAAAAGUGAUGGUAUACUGUAGUGGUGUUCAUGAAUAUAAGGAAGAUGAGGAAUUGAAAAAACGAAAUUUGAUGUUGUGCACAAGUUCUAAUCCUAGUAGUAGUGACACUGGAGUGAUUUAUAUUGAUAACGAGUACUUCGAUAACACUCAAUUUGCUAGGGAAACCGAUAAUUAUGAUGGUAACCCGGGAAUUGAUUGCUGGUCACUGGCUGAAAAUUUGAGGAUUCAUGAAAUAUCAGAUGAGCAGAUGCAACAAAUUUCAGCUUCAAUCAACCCAGGAAUGCUCGAAGAUAACGAUUUGAUGGACCAGAAUAAGAGAAGAAAUGGAGAUGUUCUGUGGGCUGAUGAAAUGCAUCAAAACAAGGAGAUGUCUUUGUUGCAUCUUCAGCUAUAUAAUGAUAUAACCUGGGAUCCGAUGCUAUUAGAAUGUCAGUUAAACCACAUGACAGAGAAUCAACCUUUUCCUAUUGACUGUCAAGACAAAGAAGUCAGGCCAACACAGGGUAGGGAUCUAGCUCCUACCAAAGCUGUAAUAGAAGCUUCCAAAACAGUUGUUCUUAAGGAGGACUCAGAAUCUCAUAUGAAAAUAAGAACAGAAUAUGUGGAGUCACAGAGAACAGCAGAGGCACCAAUUAUUGCUACAAAUCGUGUACAAGACAUGGGAGAUCAACAUGAUCAUAGAAACAGCUUCCCUCAAACAAGCAUCCCCCAAUUCUAUGUUGAGCUCUCUGAAAACUCUUUCUAUUUGAGAAACAGAAAACAGAAUUCAUGGCAUGAGGCUGAAGCUUCCAUAUCAUCCACUUGUAAGUCAGAGCCAACUCAGAAAGUGCCCCCUACUAUCCAUCCUGCAGAGAAUAUUGUACUAGUUGAUCAAGAAUCGGAGCUAGAAGGACCUUCAGUGAAGGAAUAUGAAACUAAGAGGGAUGAAAUUAAAGUGAUUCCAUUGGAAUACAAAACAUGUCAGUUUGACCUAAACCUGAGAGAUGACAACAUGGAAGCAUUUUAUGCUGCCCUCCAUGCUGAAACCACUCCAUUCUCUUUAGCAUUAGGAGAUGAUGAUGAUGUCUCACUGAAUUUAAAGUCUCUAAUAAUUCAACUUUCAGCAGACUUUAGCCAGUGGAGUUGGGACUAUAUUGAUGCAACCAUGAAACUUAAGUCCUCAACAGCAGGUCUAUCAAAGCUAGAUACACUAGAAGAGGGUCUAAUAGCGAACAAGAACCAGUUCAUGGCUAGGGACACUGCUCUUAGAAAGAAAAGAGAAACCUUUGAGGAAGGAAGAAUGUUGAAAGCUCAAAGAGAUGAGUUGAGGAAGCGGAGGCCGCGAUUGAGAGCAGAGCAAGAAUCAGCAAAAUCUACCAAAGCAAACAUUGAGGAUGAGUGGUCAAAGAUUAGAGAGAAGUUUGACAAAAUCUUGCAUAUUCUUGGGAGUUGA